UGGCAACGUCCGGGCACCACUUCUGGUCCAGACUUCGUACAGUUAGCAACCAGGAAGUCCUUCUUGUCCCGUUACAAUGGCUAGCGACCUCAGCGCACGAGAUAUUGAGAGGGCGAACUUCGCAUUCUCUAUCUAUGACUUCGAUGGCAAUGGCAAUGUGGAUGCCUUCUACAUAGGAGACAUCCUGCGCGGGCUCAACCUCAAUCCGACCCUUGCCGUCAUUGAGAAGGUGGGCGGCACCAAGAAGAAGAAUGAGAAGAAGAUAAAGGUGGAGGAGUUCCUGCCGAUCUUCGGGCAGGUCAAGAAGGACAAGGAUGUAGGAUGCUAUGAGGACUUCCUGGAAUGUAUGAAACUGUACGACAAGGCUGAGGAUGGCAAGAUGCUACUGGCUGAGCUCUCACAUAUACUGCUCUCUCUCGGUGAGCGGCUGUCAGAUAAAGAAGUAGAGGAAAUCAUUAGGGACUGUUGCGAGCCUGAGGAUGAAGACGGCUUCGUUCCAUACGUUCCAUUUCUCAAAAACGUGCUGGUGUAAGGGACCCGAAUAUCGUCAACCCUUUCCUGAAGAAGAUGGUUGCCGGACCAGAUCCACCAGCAGAGGAGACACCCGCAGAGGAGGCACAGUGAGCCAUGCCAUCGACAGUGAAUGAUACCGAAUGUUGUAUACCAUCUUGAAAUAUGGACAAUAAAUUAGUGCCAGUGUUGAUGAGGAUAUCGGGCCAACAGAUUUCUAAUAAUGUUUUAUGUACAACCCUUUGUGAUUACAAUAAAAACAUUACUAGAAACUGAUAAAA